AUGCUCACACCGCCACAGCCUCCCAGCUCGAGCGUACUGAACCAGCAGUUCCGAGCCAUCACAGGUGCCUCGGCGGCAGAGGCGACGAGGUACAUCAAGAAGUACAAGUCUGUUGAGAAUGCCGUGGACGCUUAUUAUAACGACAACGACGAUGAGCCUUUUGCUGUUGCGGACCCUGCUCAAGAGAAGAAGCUCGGGGCUAUCUGGGAAAAGUACAAGGAUGAGAGCAACCCCAAGCUGAUCACGAUUGAGGGUACUCUGCAACUGUGCGAGGAACUUGGUAUCGACCCCGAGAAUGACUCUGUGCUUUUCUGCCUCGCGGCUGACCUAGGAUCCAAGGUCACCGGUGAAUGGGAAAAGGCUCCCUUCGUGGCCGGUAUCCAAAGCUACCCCGGCACCAUCGACACCAUCCCCAAGCUCAAAAAUUACCUCCCCACCCUCCGUACAAAGCUCAAUACCGAUCCCGUCUACUUCAAAAAGAUCUACACCCAUGCUUUCACGCUCGGCAAGGGGUCCAACGAGAUGACUCGUUCCCUUGCUCUUGAAACUGCUAUCCCCUUCUGGAGUCUCUUCUUCCCCCCCGCCUUCAACUCGACCCCCUCCGCCCUCUCUCAUGUCCCUGACAACUCUCCACCCCAAUUCACUCAACCCGAACUUGAUCUCUGGAUAGAGUUUGUCACCCAGAAGAACAGAGCCAUCUCGAAAGAUACCUGGUCUCUUUUGGUCGACUUUGCAAGACAGAUAGACAAGGAAUUCAAGGAGUAUGAUGAAAUGGCGGCGUGGCCGUCGAUGAUUGACGAGUUUGUAGAGUAUGCGAGGGAGAAGAAGGGAACUCGGGUGUGA